GAAAAUGAAUGGUACAGAUGUAGGUAGCCACCAUGGUUACUAAGAAAAAUAAUAACCAUCCUAACUCAUUUCAUCGAGGCAUCUCACACUUCCCCAUAAGUUAACGAGUAACGAUCUUGUUUGUCACGCCCACUUCCUAUCUGUGUGUUCAACUGAUACCGAUCUAGAAAGAAGCCUGUAUUAGGCCUUGAUUAAAUCCAAUCAAAUUAAAAAAUAUUUCCAGUUAUACGAAAAACCGAAUUUCAAUAUUUCACACAUCUCGUCCAAAAAUAAACACCAUUCAUGAAAUUUGAACCAAAGAAUUUCAUGUUGACUAGUUUCAAUAAUCUAAUCUCCCACGCUCACACGCAAGGAAAUUACUCCGUUACCCUUCCUUUAUAUCCGAAUAGGCCAAAUGCAUCUUUCUCCUUUUCCCUUCUUCCAUCAAAGCUACUCUCGCUCUAGGCUGCCGUUUCUCUCUCUAACCCUCGACAACCUCCGCCGUUUCCUUCCAACAGCGGCGAUUUGCGCAGUUCUCCCUUCAGAUCACCAAUUCGCUCUGUGUGGUAUUCCCUCCGGCGAGCCUUUGGGUUUCGCGGGGUUAAAUUCUUUGUUUUCGGGCCGAGUCGCGAAUGAGAUGACUCGGCGGUGCUCGCAUUGCAGCAAUAACGGGCACAACUCCAGGACCUGUCCCACGCGCUCGUCGGUUACCGGCGGCGGCGCUUCGUCUUCCUCUCUUUCGUCUCCCGGCGUGAGGCUGUUCGGCGUUAGGCUAAUCGAUGGCUCGAUUAUUAAGAAGAGCGCCAGUAUGGGGAACUUGUCCGCGCACUACCAUUCCUCGUCUUCAGCUGCCGCUUCACCUAACCCGGGCUCUCCCGUCUCCGAUCAUCUCCGCGAUUCGGGUCUCGUGGCCGACGGGUACCUGUCGGAUGACCCGGCCCACGGAAGCUCUUCAAACCAACGCGGAGAGAGAAAGAAAGGUGUCCCCUGGACAGAAGAGGAGCAUCGUCUAUUCCUAAUUGGUCUUCAAAAACAAGGAAAAGGAGAUUGGCGUGGAAUAGCUCGGAAUUAUGUUGUGUCUAGAACCCCUACUCAGGUGGCUAGUCAUGCCCAGAAGUAUUUCAUUCGUCAGACCAACGCUACUCGAAGAAAGAGAAGAUCAAGCCUUUUCGACAUGGUGCCAGACUUGGUAUCUGAUCCACAGUCAGUGCCCGAAGAUGAAGAGUUACUACCCUCUUUGCAGGAAAGGGAGAGCAAUUAUAACAAUAAUGCAGACUCGCUUCCUUCGCUGAAUCUCUCUCUGAAGUCGGAGUAUGAACCGAUGGAAACCACGUCCGAAGAACCUCCUCCUAAGGACGAGGAAUCCAAUGAGACUACUAUAACUGUUCCAAGACCAACUCAAUCAAGUGAAUUCACGCAAUUUGGAUUCAUCCCAGCAUUUGUUCCGGUCCCUUAUCCAUUCUGGACUGCUAAUGUGAUCCCUGUUGAAGAAGCCAUGGUUGGGGAAACAUCCAAUCAUCAUCGGGUGCUGAGGCCAGUUGCAGCUGUUCCCAAGGAGCCAGUCAAUGUGGAUGAACUCGUUGGGAUAUCUCACUUGAGCCUCGUAGAUUCCAAGGAGGCAAAUCCUAUGCCGCUGUCUCUGAAAUUGACGUCUGAGGCAUCCAGGCAGUCGGCGUUUCAUGCUAACAAUUCCACUCCGGUCAGGGGCUCAGAUAUUGGCAAGGGAAAGGGAAGCCCCAUUCAAGCAGUCUAGUAGUAAGGCUUCUUUCGGGCUGAAGUUUUCCUUUUUAGUUUUUAGUUUUAUCUCCCUGUGCAAUUUAUUUGGUGCUAGUGUUGAAAAGGGGAACAAACGGAAGUUUUUUUUUUUUUUUUUUGUGUGUUUUUAGCUGUAGUUCAGCUGUAAUUGUAAUUUAGCUGUAGAGAAAAAUUUAUAGUUAUGGAACUUAUGGUGUGGAAAGGCCAGAAAGUUCCCCAUUUCAAUUUUGAUCUCGUAUUGGCCCCCUUUUCCUUUCUUAGUCAUAGCUUUUACUUGGCACUUGGUGGAAUUAUUUAAAGUUAGAGAAUAUGUAUAUUUUUUUUAACAUAAAUGAAUUAGAGUUAAAUCACACAGCUGUGCGCGUACCCAUGUUGAUUAAGAGCGAGAAUAAAAUAUGUGGUGCAUC